AGCACGGGCAGAGCGAGUGCCCUGCGGCAGCAGUGGCGGCGGAUCCUGGUGUCCUGCAGGGACACGCUGCGCACACAGCUGGGGCGGCUGCUGGUGCACACCUUGGCUCCGGCCCGGCCGCUGCGGGACAGGAAGCAGGCGCUGGAGGUGGUGCCUGAGCUGAACCAGCAGGAGAUCCUGCGGGACUGUCUGAGCCCAACUUUGCAACAUGGACCCAAAUUAGUGCUGUAUUUAUGUGAGCUAAUGCACAAUCACGGUGAUGAAAUGACCAAGGAAGAGCAGAGAGCAGCAGCAGACUUGAUGAACACGUUAAAAUGCUGUGGCUAUAAAUGCAUUCCCCUCAGCCCGCGACCAAAACCAGACUUAAUAAAAGCUCUGAAAGAGGACCAGAAGAAAUACGAGCUGGAAGAAGGCGUGAACAAAGCUGCCUGGGAGAAGACGAUGGCCAACAACCGCCAGAAUCUCUUCCAACGUCUGGAGACAAAAUCUAAAGACAUUUCUAAAAUAGCUGGAGACAUCACACAGGCUGUGUCUCUGUCCCAAGGGAUGGAGAGGAAGAAGGUGAUCCAGCACAUCAGGGGGAUGUACAAGGCAGAGCUGAGCGCCAGCCGGCACUGGCAGGAGCUUGUCCAGCAGCUCACGCACGACCGAGCGCUCUGGUACGACCCAGUCUACUACCCAACGUCUUGGCAACUGGAUCCAACAGAGGGCCCCAACAGAGAGAGGCGCCGGCUGCAGAGGUGCUACCUGACCAUCCCCAACAAGUACCUGCUCCCGGACAGGCAGAAACAGGAGGGUGUGAUAAAAACUCCCUUGUCUUACCUGUUUGAAGACAAAACACAUUCCUCCCACUCCUCUACUGUAAAGGACAAAGCUGCAAGUGAACUUAUAAGAGUUAAUCGGAGAUGUAUAAGUGUAGCACCUUCUAGAGAGACUGCGGGGGAACUGCUGCUAGGCAAAUGUGGCAUGUAUUUUGUUGAAGACAACGCUUCAGACACAAUUGAGAAUUCAAGUUUUCAUGGAGAGACUGAACCAGCGUCGUUUUCGUGGACCUAUGAGGAGAUCAAGGAGGUUCAUAAGCGCUGGUGGCAGCUGAGAGACAACGCUGUGGAAAUAUUCCUGACAAAUGGCAGGACUUUGCUCUUGGCUUUCGAUAACACAAAGGUCCGUGACGAUGUGUACCACAACAUCUUAACUAACAACUUGCCAAACCUGCUGGAGUACGGGAACAUCACUGCCCUGACCCACCUCUGGUGCACAGGGCAGAUCACCAACUUCGAGUACCUGACGCACCUGAACAAACACGCGGGCCGUUCCUUCAACGAUCUCAUGCAGUAUCCCGUGUUUCCCUUCAUACUUUCUGACUACACCAGUGAAACGCUGGACCUAAAUGAUCCGUCGGUUUAUAGAAAUCUGGUCAAACCAAUAGCUGUGCAGUCUAAAGAAAAAGAGGAUCGCUAUGUGGACACUUACAAGUAUUUGGAGGAAGAGUACCGUAAGGGAGCCCGGGAGGAUGACCCGAUGCCCCCCGUGCAGCCCUAUCACUACGGAUCCCAUUAUUCCAACAGCGGAACCGUGCUUCAUUUCCUCGUUAGGCUGCCGCCCUUCACUAAAAUGUUUUUAGCCUAUCAAGACCAAAGUUUUGACAUCCCAGACAGAACUUUCCACUCCACCAACACAACCUGGCGCCUCUCUUCGUACGAGUCGAUGACUGAUGUCAAGGAGCUCAUCCCAGAGUUCUUCUACCUUCCUGACUUCCUAGUUAACAGAGAAGGUUUUGAUUUUGGAGUACGUCAGAACGGAGACAGAGUUAACCACGUCAAUCUUCCACCCUGGGCUCGCAACGACCCUCGUCUGUUCAUCCUGAUCCACCGGCAGGCAUUGGAGUCGGACCACGUGUCCCAGACGAUCUGUCACUGGAUUGACCUGGUGUUCGGUUAUAAGCAGAAAGGCAAGGCCUCUGUCCAGGCUAUUAACGUCUUCCACCCUGCAACCUAUUUUGGGAUGGAUGUUUCAGCUGUCGAGGAUCCUGUGCAGAGGAGAGCCCUUGAAACGAUGAUCAAGACCUACGGGCAAACGCCGCGGCAGCUGUUCCACGCAGCGCACGUCAGCAGGCCCGGCUCCAGGCUCAUCAUGGAGGGAGAGCUCCCUGCUGCCAUGGGGCUGCUGGUGCAGUUUGCCUUCAGGGAAACCAGGGAGCACACGAAAGAAGUCGUAUAUCCCAGCCCGUUACCGUGGAUAAAAGGCUUGAAGUGGGGGGAAUACGUUGGUUCCCCGAGCGCCCCGGACCCCGUGGUCUGCUUCAGCCAGCCGCACGGAGAGCGCUUCGGCUCGCUCCAGGCUCUGCCCACUAAAGCCAUCUGCGGCUUGUCCCGCAAGUUCUGCCUCCUGAUGAUCUACAGCAAGGAGCAAGGUGUGAGGAGCAUGCACAGCACCGACAUCCAGUGGUCGGCUAUCCUGAGCUGGGGCUACGCCGACAACAUUCUGCGGCUGAAGAGCAAGCAAAGUGAACCUCCCGUGAACUUCAUCCAGAGCUCACAGUUCCAUCAGGUAACAAGUUGUGCUUGGGUGCCUGACAGUUGUCAGCUCUUCACCGGUAGCAAAUCUGGAGUCAUCACAGCAUACAUGAACAGAUUCACUAGCAAUACGCCUUCAGAGAUAGAAAUGGAGUCGCAGGUCCACCUGUAUGGCCACACAGCAGAGAUAACAAGCCUGUUUGUGUGCAAACCAUACAGCAUAAUGAUCAGUGUCAGCAAAGAUGGAACCUGCAUCGUGUGGGACUUGAACAG